UAUUUCCAUUUCAAUUUCUCUGAUUUUUAUGUGAGUGCAUAUUUAGUCGUAGUCGAAUUGUUGGAUAAUUGAAAACAACAACAACAACGAGCAACAUUAAAAACAAAGAAAAUGACGUUGGAUUUUGCUGGCCAAACUGCACUCGUAACCGGUGCUGGUCGUGGUAUUGGUCGUGAAAUUGUUCGACAAUUGGCAACAAGAAAUGUCAAGAUUAUUGCUAUUUGUCGUACGUGUUCAGAUUUGGAUUCAUUGAAAAAAGAAUUUCCUACAAACGUCAUUGCAAUCGAAUUGGAUCUCCGCGAUUGGACAGCAACACGUAAAGCAUUGGAACCAUACGCUGACAAAAUCGAUAUGCUUGUCAAUAAUGCAGCAUAUGCAAAAUGUACACCAUUGGGCGAAAUAACCGAACAAGAAUGCGAUGAUCAUUAUUCAUUGAAUGUGAAAGCAAUUAUCAAUGUCACACAAUGUGUGACAGUUGGAAUGAAACAAAGACGUUCUGGUUCAAUUGUCAAUGUAUCAAGUUUAGCCGGUUUAGUUGGUUACAAAGAUCAUUUGGUUUAUGGUUCAUCUAAAGCUGCUGUUGAUUUGAUGACAAAAAUUAUGGCAUUGGAACUUGGACCAUAUAAUAUUCGUGUAAAUUCUAUCAAUCCCGGCGUAACAAAUACUGAAAUGGCUAAAGUUGGUUGGAGUGAUCCAGAACGCCGUGAUUGGAUGCUAUCACGUUGUCCACUUGGACGUUUCAAUGAACCAGUGGAAAUAGCACAAGCCGUUCUGUUUCUAUUGAAUCAAAAAUCUGGUUUGAUCAAUGGUGUUAAUCUACCGAUCGAUGGUGGUAUCUAUACAACUAAAAUGUGAAAAAUAAUUUGAUUAAUCAAUUUUAGCAGUAGAAUAGAUAAUAAUAAUGAUCGUGCAUUUGCAAUUUUAUUGUUUUUUUUCCUGCAAUAUAUUUUGUUGUGGUCAUUUUUUUUAUAUAAAAAAAAUAAAUUCAAGAUUUGAGAGACUAUUUGAUUGCAUUGGCCAGCCAA